UUUUAAUGAUAGUUGCAGGCUUACUUGGAGUCCGAAUUACAUUUAGAUGUUUAAUUCAAAAAGAAUUUUCCUCCGUUAUCUGUAUUUACACUUAAUACAACAUGACUUUUCCAGGACAAUCACACAUUUUACACUGCCCUGGGCUCGAUUCCAUAAAGUAAUAAUGUUAUUCAUACCACUUUGCCCUACUUGAUAUUAUUGCUCUUCAUUUAUUGAAUUUGUGUAAUCAGUACUAAGUUUAGGAAAACAUCCUACUAACUGACAUAUAAGGCCAUAAUAAGAGGCACAUGCACACUGCACUGCUGUUUUCACUUCUGCAUUAGCAGUCGUCAUUUCCUUAGAUGUCUCUGUCAGUCUACCAGCCUUCUUGUGAUUUUACAGCUCUCCGCUUUUGUAAAUUUUCCCUUUGAAAUGCAGUUAACUACAUAUUUUUAGCUAGACUUUAGUUAAUCUAGAGUAGUGAACAUAAAAAAACACUGAUCUCAUAGUGUUUGUAUCAGAGGGACCAUUUUUCUUCUGAGAACCACUAUUGGUUCUCCUUUUACUUACAAGGAUAUUUAAAGCUGUUAGUUUCAAAUGCCAUACAUGACUAAGCUAAAUCAUAAGCCCUAAUGUAUUGUACAACUCGGAUUGUUUACUACGAUGGAGAGACAACUGAGAUUUUUAGCCAGGUCUAAGAGCAUGGUCAUGGGGGAGCUCUCCCGCGGCUCCAGCAGGCCAUCGUCCCCCAGCCUCCAAGACAGGGCACUGAAAGCAGGCUGGCUUAAGAAACAGCGCAGCAUCAUGAAGAACUGGCAGCUGCGCUGGUUUGUGCUUAGAACUGACCAGCUCUUCUUCUACAAAGAUGAGGAGGAAACCAAACCACAGGGAUGUAUCCCGUUGCAGGGUAGUCAAGUCAACGAGCUGACAGCCAAUCCUGAUGAACCUGGGCGGCACCUUUUUGAAAUAGUUCCAGGCUGUGCAGGAGAGAAAGACAGAUCGGCUCUCAGCCAUGAGGCUUUCCUGCUCAUGGCAAACUCCCAGAAUGACAUGGAGGAUUGGGUCAAAGCCAUUAGACGUGUCAUCUGGGCUCCCUUUGGAGGAGGUAUCUUUGGUCAGCGCCUGGAGGACACAGUACAGUAUGAGAGAAAGUUUGGACCCCGACUGGCCCCUCUGCUGGUGGAGCAGUGUGUGGAUUUUAUACGGGAGCAGGGUCUGAAAGAGGAAGGUCUCUUUAGGAUGCCAGGACAGGCCAACCUAGUCAAAGAACUGCAGGAUGCUUUUGACUGUGGGGAUAAACCUCUGUUUGACAGUAACACUGACGUUCACACAGUGGCGUCCCUCCUGAAGCUUUACCUCAGGGAGUUGCCAGAGCCUGUGAUCCCCUUUAACAAAUAUGAGGACUUUCUAACCUGUGCACAGCUUCUGCUAAAAGAUGAAGAAGUGGGACUCAGUGAGCUUGUGAUGCAGGUGAACACUCUUCCUCAGGCUAAUUAUAAUUUGUUAAAGUACAUUUGCAAAUUCUUAGAUGAGGUGCAGUCACACUCCAAUGAGAACAAGAUGAGCGUUCAGAACCUUGCGACAGUUUUUGGACCAAAUAUCCUUCGGCCUAAAGUAGAGGACCCUGUUUCAAUGAUGGAAGGAACCUCCCAGGUUCAGCAGCUGAUGACAGUGUUGAUCAGUGAACAUGAGCGUUUAUAUGUGGGGACUGAGGGAGAUGCGUCCUCCGAGCAGACAGGAAGUUGUCUUCCAGGUCAGCGAGGCAUGGUGGAGUGGAUCUCUGAUGAGGAGAUGCUGAACUGCUCAUCGCUGGGCCAGAUUUCCAAAGUGGCAGAUAGUGUGUGUGGCAGUGCCACAUCUUUAGAUAUCAAUACAGGUGCCCCUACCACUGCCAAAAUGACACCUCAGGGAAAAGCUGGGGUAACGGUCAGCCCCAGCAAACAGGUGAAAUCCCUCCCCUCCUGGAAAUACUCCUUCAAGAGCGGAGGGGUACGUGCUCAGCCUGCAAAAAUUGGGGGCUCGUCUGUGGACGUGUCUACCUUGCCCAGUACAGGCAACUGGUUGAUGAACGGGCUUUCCUCUCUGCGCAGCCACCGCCGUACAUCAUCAGGAGAGCGCAUGGGCAAGGAUUCAGCCUUGUCACACCGUCUGUCCACUUACGACAACGUGACCUCAUCCAGUCUCAGCGUACCCAGCGUCGCGAGCACGCCCUGGUCCACAUCUUCCUGUGAGAUCUUAGUUGCCGACUCUGUGGGUAGUGACCCCUCUGGACUGAACUCUGAGAAGGUGGAUUGGUCAGCUGGAGGGUCUGUUCAAGGGCAAAGUGAAGACAGGAAUUCGGAGGUCACUGAGAGCAGCGAAGCACUGGAAAUGUGUGUGAGCAGUGCAGGCUGCAGUGAGAACGGAAAUGGAGAAGAUGCGGUGAAUGUCACAGGAGAUAUUGAUAUUAACACGACAGCACUUAAUAGCCUGGUAACAGAGUUGAAAGACGAGUUAAAGAAACAGAAAGCCAACUACGAAUCUCGAAUACAAAGGCUGGAGGAAUCAAGUGUCACUAUGCGUAACCAAAUGGAAAGGCUAGAGGAGAAGCUGGACCAGGAGAAGAAAAAGUAUCUCAUGCUGGAAAUUAAACUCCGUAACUCUGAGAGGGCCCGUGAGGAUGCAGAGACCCGCAACCGCUUACUUCAGAAUGAGAUGGAGGAGUUCUUCUCCACUUUGGGAGAUCUUACAUUGGGAACAAGGACAAGCUAGAUUUGACUGGACCUCUAACAGGCCUCCUGAUUUAACACUGAGAGACUAUGUGUUUGUUGUAGAUAGAAUUUGGAAAUCUCUCUGCUCAUGCAUCAUGAGAAUUCAGAGGUAAUAUUGUGCUGUUUUGUUAUGGCGACUUGAUCAUGUGUAGCAGUUCCACUUUUCUCUCUGAUCUUCAGUCUUACAUUUUAAAGGGAUAGUUCACACAAAAAUACAAAUUCAAUGUAGUGCACAUUUUGUGUGUGGAACAUACAAUGUUCUUAAUGACAAGUGAACUAUGCCUUUAAUUUCUAAGAAUUCAUCAUUUGCAUAACCUAACCUGCACAGAUAAUACCAAAGCAUGACAUUUCUGACCAGACUGUUUUCAUUAUUGGCCUCUCACAUAAGGCAGGUCAUUUUAAUGGCAUUUCCUGUUAAUGCAUGGUAUGAAAUAUGUCCUGCUGAGUUGUCUCUUGAGGAUUUGGGGAAUGAUCACACAAUCCUUUUUCAUCCAAAUACUACAUCAUUUACAACCAGUCACCAUAUACGUACAAGCUGCAUCCCAUCACACUGUGCCUCGCACUUCCAGACGAGAUGAGAUCAACUUUUACACCAUCAGACCUCACAGACACAAACUCUUUUCAGCAAAUCCCUUUAUUGUAAGUAAAAUGCACUAGAAGAAAAUACCUUAUUUCAGAUUAGAUGAGGAAACAUUUCCAAACUGUUAAAAUCUCAACUCGCAAAAAAGCACUUCAGCUGCAAGAUUGCCAAGGCUAGUAUUUAUUUAAGCUUAUUAAUGUACCUAGAACUCUUUCUCAGGUGGUGUUUUUCAAAACACUCAAUCAAUGAGUGUCUUUAUAUAAUAUAGAUGAUGGAACUAAGGCUGACAUAUACUUGAAUGUGUUAUAGUAGCUUUUUUUAAGUAUGCACAUACUGUAUGUUCGUGUGAUCGUUUUUUGUUUCUUCUGUUAAUUGAUUGCUGAAUGCAGAAAGUGCCAAAGUAGAGGGCUUCAAAAAAUGGGUGUUUUAUUUCAAAUGAAGAUUGACUAGUCUUCAUAAUAAAUUGCCGUUGUCAUCAAAACAA